AUGCCGGUGACUCGAAGUCAGCGAGGAGAAUUAAGGGAUGAGUUUGAUCAAUUUGUUGGCCAAAGUGCAGACGACGAACGGCAGAGUGAACACGAAGCGAGUGAAAUUGGCCUUGAAGAAACGCUGCACUCUGUGAAGGGAGUAUUGGGCGAGAUAAAAGACGAAGAAAGCAAACUUAAAGAAUUGUAUAAGCAAGUUUCAGGGGAGAAUCGUGUGUUAGCUGAGCGAAUUGAGCGUUUAGAAUCACAGGACACGGUUGGUUGGAUAAACCGCCAGGCCGACUUGAAGACUCGGAUAAACAUUCUAGAAGGAAACAUUGAACAUUUAACGGCUACAUCGCGUUCGUAUGAGGAGAUAGAACGUCAACUUGAAACAUCGUCUGCGGAAAUUCGAAGUGUUCGUACGCAUUUUACGGAGAGUUUUGAAGGAUUACUUAGCGCUGUAGAGGGCCUUGAUAAACAACUGCAGUCAACCGUAGCUGAUUUGCAAGGCAAAAUAAAUGACAUUAGUAAACUUUGUUUACCAGAGAUUCCAAAAGCCAAGUCUACAGAAAUGAAAACGGGCAGACGAGAUUUGUCUUUCAACGAAACGUGUGGCUCAUGUCAGCAAGUUAAGGAGAGUAAUUCGCUACGGAAACAAAAACCAGUCCAACCGUGCCUGAAGUUUAGUGGAAAAACAUCCUGGGAGGUAUUUCAAGCUCAGUUUAGCAUUGCUGCAGAGAUGAAUGGAUGGCAAGACGAUGAUAAAGCUGUUUUCUGGUGA